AUGAAUAAUACAUCUGCACUCUAAUAAACAAUUCAUAAUUAUUGUUAACAAUCGUAUUCUGCUGGGGAUUUUGCGGUAUGGAUUCAAUUUGAUAAAGUUUAGAAAAACCAACAAGUUUUAGAACAAUUAAGAAAAUUCAUAUUGGAUUGGAAUAAUAUACAAUUAUUGAAAAAUAUUAUUGAAGUGGAUUGUAAAUAAGAGACAACUUUUGUGAUUUACACAUUACUUCAAAAAGCAAUUGCUGCAGGCUGUAAAUUUGUAAAUGUGCUUCCGACUCAAUAAAAAAUCACAUAAAGUUAUGAAGAAUAUGAAAGGUUAAUAAAAUGCUCAAUAUUUUAGUAAUGAAAGAUAACAAUUUACUACAAUUGUGACAAUCCACUUGGAAAUAGUGAUAAAUUAUUUUUCAAAAGGAUUGUAGCAUCAAAAUUAUGUUUAAAACACAGUUUUGUUUGCCUUAGCCUUUAUUUUGAGAAAAUAUUGGUCUGAAAUAAUUGCACCAGAGUAAUUAGUAGAAAGACUUAUUAACACAUUCUUUUAUACUCAGAAUGUUCAAAUUUUAUCUUUAGGAUGCAAAUUAUUUGAAAAUCUAUUAAGCUGUGUUCGCCAAUAUUAUUAUGCAACUGGUUAUUUAGAGUUUAGAAAAGUUAUGAUGGGUUUUCAAAGGUAGAUAUAAACUUAUUAAAUAUUUUUAGAUAGUCUUUAACAAGAUNUUAUUUCAGCAUUUCAUAUUGA